AUGACCGCUGUGGAGGACUACCUGCUCAGCCUCCCAGACUCCCAUCCUCUUCAAGUCGCUAUUCGAACAUAUACCCUUGCACUCUCCCUUUCCCUAGGCCCCGCUCUCCUUUCCUUUCUCUCUUCACGGAGAACCAGACUAUCAGAUUCUAAAGCAAAUCUGCAUGCGCUCAACAAAAUUCUGAGGCGCGAGUUCGGGCUGACGGGCUUUCCAUUCGCGAUCACUGUGGCUGUCGGGGGAGGAGCAGUCCUGCAGGCACUCUGGAGCCGCUUCGAAGAGUUCAACUUGGACGCUCUUUCUCCAGAUAAGUUUCCGGCACAACUGGCACCACAAAAUUCAUCAUCGAGGCCAUGUAGACAUGCUUCUCGAGAGACAACAACCCUCACUCGCCUGAGCACACUUAAAACAUACCUCUCGUCUCUCCCCGCAAUCCACAAAGCCUUCCUUCUUAACGCCUUCCCUUGUCUCCUCAGCAUCCUCCUCAUGCAGUCACGUCAUAGCUCCUCACAUACACGUAAAGCUUCCAUCCCAUGGACCGUACCCAUAUCUCCCACUUCGAAGUCGCAAGGGAGGACGAGCGCGACGUUGGAUUUGACGUUGAUGUUUGUGGUCCGAGCGGUGGAUGCUGUGGUGCAGAGGAUUGUGUUUAGGCGCUCAGGCGAGAAUGAUGAUGGAGAGAGCAGUCCGAGGGAGGACGAGGAGAGGAAGAAGUGGAGGCAGAGAGUCACGACGAGGAUAGAUGCGAUGUUGUUUUGGGCGAGCAGCGCAAGAAUCAUGUGGUGUUUCUUCUACGAACCUGAAAGGCUACCAAGGUCGUAUGUCAAGUGGAUAUCGUCCUUAGCAAGUAUCGACCCUCGUCUCUCCGCCGCCCUACGCUCCAUCCGCGAGCGCACUUUCUCUUAUGUCUCUGGCACCACCUCCCUCAUGCCCAGUCUCCUGUCCACACUUUCUCAAGAACUGGGACACUCUACCUCCUGGGGAGAUCCAUCGCUCGUACCCGCCUACGGCGGACCGAAAGCCACUGAGGCUUGGCGUGCAUUAUGCGUAUCAGGAAGGAAUGGUGUAGGUGGAGUUCCUUGUGAGAUCGUGCACGGGAAGAUGAGAGGUCUGGGCGCUGUGGGCGGGAGUUGUACACGAAAUGUUGCAGUACGAACUGCGUAUGCAUUCGUCGAAGCUUUGGCUUUAUAUACUCCGGUCCAUAUCCUCCCUAUCCUUCUUACUCGUCCCUCCCACCUCCUCCGCCCCCACCGUCUCUUCACCCUCCUGACGGGGAUACUCCGCUCCUCAACUUUCCUCUCCACCUUCGUAGCAUCCAUAUGGGUCUCUGUCUGCUUCACACGCACGCUCGUCCUCGCUCGUCUCCUGCCUUGGAUAUCGCACGACUGGUGGGACGGUCCGUACGGUUGUGUGAUGAUGGGUUCUUUGAUGUGUGGGAGCAGUAUCUGGAUCGAGAAUGGCAGGAGGAGAGGAGAGAUGACAUUGUAUGUUUUGCCAAGGGCGGUGAGGGCUUGUUUGUCGAGCGGAUGGUUGAGGGGCGGGAGGAGUGUGAAGGUUGUGGAACGGAUCGCAUUCACGCUCUCCCUCGCCUUCCUUACCGCCGCCACUCACGAACCAGAGUGUCUUCGCGGCCUCUCGCGCUGGACGAUCGCGUUCAUCAUGAAUGGCCCGAAUGCAGGCCUGUGGAAGAGGCGAAGACAGGCGAAUAGUACCGUCAGCUCGCCGAAAUCUGAACCCCGUGGGUUGCCUCCACCCGCAGGACCGUCGGAAACAGAGUCAGCUACCGGUGGCAAUAGUGAGGAGGGUAAGGCGGUGGGAGAAGGGAGUUGAGGUGCGCUGUAUUGUGACGGUGGGGGCGUUGGGAUGUUCGUUGGUUACUCUACCUAUACGAAGGCUAGAGUCAUAAGGCUUGAACCGAGCGGGAAAUUGCAGGUUGGUCGCCAGCCUACCAUUGUAUCCGCCUCGCAAUAUUGUUGUACGGUCCCACAUACACGCAUGACAUGAGGACAUUCUAGAGACCAAUGGAAUGGAUUUGU